AAUACUGGGAUUUCCUGAGGAAUACUGGGAAUUUCUGGAGAAUACUGGGAUUUCCUGGGGAAUAUUGACAAAUCCUCAUGAAUACGGGGAUUUCCUGAAGAAUACUGGGAAUUUGCAGAGAAUAUUGGGAUUUCCUGUAGAAUAUUGACAAAUCCUGGAGAAUAUUGAUAAAUCCUGGGGAAUACUGGGAUUUCCUGGAGAAUACUGGGAUUUCCUGGGGAAUAUUGACAAAUCCUGGGGAAUACUGGGAAUUUAUGAGGAAUAUUGGCAGUUCCUGGAGAAUAUUGAUAAUUCCUGGGGAAUUCCUGAAAUGUGCUUAACGUGCCUGGAUGUUGAGAUGUCAGAGGGGAAGGGGAGUGAGCAGGGAUUUAUAAAGAGGGAUGAGCUGGAAUUUUGGGAUAUCCGGGAUUUUCCUCAGUGCCUGUUGGUCUGUGGGAAGCUGAAAUGUGCUGGGAAUGGGAAUAUUCCAGGAUAUGAAUGGAAUUAUUGAGUACAUGGGGUGACCAGUGAAAUUGAUGGGCUUUUCCAGAGAAAAUCUGAAAUUUUGGGAUAUUGUGGAUUUUCCUCAGUGCCUGUAGGUCUGUGGGAAGCCGAGAUGAGAGGAAUGGGAAUAUUCCAGGAUAUGGAUGGAAUUAUUGGGUACAUGGAGUGGCCAGUGAUGUGGAUGGGCUUUUCCAGAGAAAAUCUGAAAUUUUUGGAUAUCCUGGAUUCUCCUCAGUGCCCGUUGAUCUACGGGAAGCUGAGGAUGAGCUGGGAAUGGGAAUAUUCCUUAAUAUGAACGGAAUUAUUGAGCAAAUGCAUGAUGAUCUUUCCUAGAGCAAAUAUUCCUGUGGUUAGAAGUGCUUCCCAAAUUCCUUGGAUAUCCAGCAGAAAAGAGCCAGGAGCCAGAUCAAUUCCUGUGUGUUUAUUCAGGAUUCCUGCUUUUUCCCCUUGGAUUUUAGUGUCUCCUGCUGGGUUGGAGAGGAUUUCCCUGGGAGAGGAGGCCAGGAAGAGCGAGCUGAUGAACGAGGACAUCCGGAUCCAUUCCUGGCCUUGCUCCUACUACCUGGACACCAGCAAACAAUGGAUCCCCGGGAAGCUCUCCCUGACUCCCCUUUCCAUCAAAUUCACGGCUGACAAAACGGGAGAGCUCCUGGUGGAUUUCCAUCUUUCCGGGAUCAGCGAGAUCAAGAAGGAAUCUUCCCAUUUAAUCUUCAGCUCCCUCACCAUCCUUGAGAAGAGCACCAAGCACUGGUUCAGCUCCCUGCAUCCCAACAGGAAUGUGGUGUUCAACAUCCUGGAGCAUUUCUGGAGGGAGCAGCUGGUGUCCAGCCAGGAGGCCGGAGCGGGGGCGGCCUUGGAAUCUAGCAAGGGCAAGGAAUUAACGGGAAUGUUGGAGGGAUCCCAGAAACGCCUGGAGGACACGGCCAAGGUGCUGCAUUCCCAGGGGGAACAGUUUGACAACAUCAUGAGGGGACUCCACAAGAUCGAGGGGGACAUGGAUGUGGCUGACAGGCUGUUAACAGAGCUGGAAUCUCCUUCCUGGUGGCCCUUCAGCACCAAACUCUGGAAAACCCCUCAGGAAGCGAAACCCAAGGAAACCCCCGCGGCUCCUGAUCCCAAAAGCCAGGAAGGAAUCCUGCUGCGAAUCCCCGUGAUUAUCACCCACAGGACAGAUUCCAACGCCAAACCCGGAAAACUCACGGUGCUUCCCUCCGGCCUGGAAAUCGAGGAUUGCAAUUCCCAGCUCCUGCACCGCUUUGAAUCCCGGGAUGUGGACGACAUCCGGGUGCACACUCCCUACGAGAUCAGCGUCCGGCAGAGGUUCAUCGGCAAACCCGACACUUCCUACCGGCUCCUGGCGGCGCGGAUGCCGGAGGUCAUUCCCAUCCUGGAGAUGCAGUUCAGCAAGAAAAUCCAAUUUUUGGAGGAUGCUCUUGGAUUUGCCGGAGCCAGGAAGUCCCCCCAGGCGGAUUUGGGAACGUCCAUCUGGCAGGCAGGCAGGAUUUUUUCCUUACUAUGGAAUUUCUCUGGCAGCCACGGGAUUCCUGGGAGCCGCGGUGAAUCCGGGAUUGCCAGCGGGAAGCGCCGAAGGGACGGACAAGGAGCAGGUGCAGCUGCAGAAAGUAUCCCAGGAGGAAGCCAAGGAGCUCCGACAGAUCCUGAAGAAGCUCAAGGGCCUGGCCCUGGAGACGGAAGCGGAGCUGGAGAGGCAGGACGAGGCCCUGGAUUCCAUCGGCAGCGCCGUGGAUCGCGCCACGCUCAACAUCGAUCGGCAGAACCGCAGGAUGAGGAAGCUGACGUAACUUCUCGGCGGGAACGGGAAUGCCGGAAAGAGCAGCAGGGUGGGGGAGCCGGGAUUUUCAGGACUGGUUUUUCCACAGACACUUUGGGAGGGGUUUGGGAUGAGGUUUGGAAAAUGGCUCUGCUGGGGGUGAGUUCCUGAGAGGAUUGAAGGGGUUCCUGGAUCUUGGAUGAGGUUUGGAUCUUGGACAGUAUUUGGACCUUGGAUGAUGGUUAGAUCUUGGAUCGUGAUUGGAUCUUGGAUCGUGAUUGCAUCUUGGAUGGUUGGACCUUGGAUGAGGUUUGCAUGUUGGAUGGUGGUUGGAUCUUGGAUGAGGUUUGGACCUUGGAUCACAGUUGGACCUUGGAUGAGGUUUGGAUCUCGGACAGUGUUUGGAUUUUGGAUGAUGUUUGGAUCUUGGAUGAGGUUUGGACCUUGGAUCACGGUUGGACCUUGGAC